AGGCGGAAGCGGCCCCGCCCCCGGCCGGUGGCGGGUUGGCGGGAAGGGCCUGUGGGGCCUGUGGUGCGGUGGGCUCGCGGGCUCGCUCGCUCGCUGCGGGCUGUGUGCGGGCCGUGCUCGGUCUAACGGCUGGGCUGAGGGGUGUGAGGCUGUGAGGUGCAGGCGGCGGCCGGGCCGGGUCCGGCCCGGCCCAGUCCAGUCCAGUCGGAACCAUGCAGGCCUUCCUCAAAGGCCCGUCUUCCAUCAGCACCAAGCCCCCUGCUGCGAAGGAGAAGGGCGCAGCCGGCGCAGCGGGGAGCAGCGGGGAGGGCAAGAAGCUCAAACCCAUCCCCUGGGUGGAGAAAUAUCGCCCCAAAAAUGUGGAUGAAGUUGCCUUCCAGGAUGAAGUUGUUGCUGUGCUGAAAAAGUCCUUGGAAGGUGCUGAUCUUCCCAAUCUGUUGUUCUAUGGCCCACCUGGAACUGGAAAGACUUCCACUAUUUUAGCAGCUGCUAGAGAACUCUAUGGGCCUGAAUUAUUCCGGCAAAGAGUUCUUGAGUUAAAUGCUUCUGACGAGCGUGGAAUACAAGUGAUUAGGGAAAAAGUGAAGGCUUUUGCUCAGCUAACUGCAUCUGGAAGCCGUUCAGAUGGUAAAGUUUGUCCUCCUUUUAAAAUUGUAAUUCUGGAUGAAGCAGACUCAAUGACUUCAGCAGCCCAGGCAGCCUUAAGACGCACAAUGGAAAAAGAAUCUAAAACAACACGUUUCUGCCUUAUUUGUAACUACAUCAGCAGAAUAAUUGAACCUUUAACAUCUCGAUGCUCCAAAUUCCGCUUCAAGCCUUUGUCAGACAAAAUCCAACAGCAGAGGCUAUUGGACGUUUCUGAGAAGGAACAAGUGAAAAUCAGCAGUGAGGCAGUAUCGUACCUUGUUAAAGUGUCAGAAGGGGACUUAAGAAAAGCAAUUACUUUUCUUCAAAGUGCCACUCGCCUAAUGGGUGGGAAAGAGAUCACAGAGAAGAUAGUCACUGAAAUUGCUGGGGUCAUCCCUAAAGAAACAACUGAUGAACUGCUAUCUGUCUGCCAGAGUGGUUCAUUUGAGAAACUGGAAACACUGGCAAAGAAUCUCAUUAAUGAAGGGUAUGCUGUUGCUCAGCUUGUAAACCAGCUGCAUGAUACUGUUGUUGAGAGCGAAGAUUACAGUGACAAGCAGAAAUCUGUCAUUGUUGAGAAACUUGCGGAAGUAGACAAAUGCUUGGCAGAUGGUGCUGAUGAAUACUUGCAGCUGAUGAGUCUCUGUGCCCUUGUGAUGCAGCAGCUCACACAGAACACAUAACAGCUCCACUAGCAGUGGCUGGCAGCAGAGUAGAGCAGCUUUUUGUUUCAUGGGUGGCCGAGGUUCUGAGAGCCAGGGACCUCUGUACUUUUGUACUGGUUUUUGCAAUAAAAGGACUGCUUAGCAGUUGGAAAAGCUCA